AGAACCGAGUGUGGGGCGGGGGGGCGGAGGGACCGGCGGGCCGUCUCCCUGCCGCGACACGGCGCCACGCGUGGGGCCAUGGAGGGGGCCGCGGAGGGCGGCCGCUUCGGCUACAUCUUGGACCUGCUGAAGCGGGAGAAGGUUGCCAUUAAGGGUAUCGAAAGAGAGCUCAUCUGCCCAGCAUGCAAGGAAUUAUUUACCCAUCCACUGAUCCUUCCUUGCCAGCACAAUGUCUGUCACAAAUGUGUGAAAGAAAUACUCUUUACGUUUGAAGACUCUUUUGCUGAUGCAGGCUCUGAAUCCUCUAAUCAGAGUAGCCCUCGAAUUAAAAUCUCUUCUCCUAGCACGGACAGAAUUGACAGGAUUAGUAGAUCAGGUUCUGCUAUCUACACGGGCAGAAAACGCAAUUCACUGACUCCUAGAUCGAGUCUGUUUCCUUGUCCUGGUUGCCAGCGGGAUAUCGAUCUUGGAGAACGUGGCAUCAAUGGCUUAUUUCGCAACUUUACUUUGGAAACCAUCGUGGAAAGAUACAGGCAGGCAGCCAGGGCAGCCAUUGCUAUUAUGUGUAACUUCUGCAAACCCCCACCUCAAGAGUCCACAAAGAGCUGCAUGGACUGCAGCGCAAGCUAUUGCAAUGAAUGCUUCAAAAUACACCAUCCCUGGGGGACCUUGAAAGCCCAGCAUGAAUAUGUGGGACCAACCACCAACUUCAGACCCAAGAUUUUGAUGUGUCCAGAACAUGAAAUGGAGAGGGUAAACAUGUACUGUGAAAUCUGCAGGAGGCCUGUUUGUCAUCUGUGUAAACUGGGUGGAUGUCAUGCAAACCAUCGAGUAACCACCAUGAGCACCGCCUACAAAACCCUUAAGGAGAAGCUUUCAAAGGAUAUUGACUACCUCAUCAGUAAGGAGAGCCAGGUGAAAGCUCACAUCACACAGCUGGAUCUACUGCUGAAAGAAACAGAGUGCAACAGUGAAAGAGCUAAAGAAGAAGCAUCUCAGAGUUUUGAGAAAUUAUCUCAUGUCCUGGAAGAGAGGAAAUCUGCAGCUCUUAGGGCAAUUGAAGCUUCUAAGAAUUUAAGGCUGGAAAAAUUGCAAACACAAGCCGAAGAAUAUCAAGGGCUCCUGGAAAAUAAUGGCCUUGUAGGAUAUGCUCAAGAAGUGCUGAAAGAAACUGAUCCGUCUUGUUUUGUUCAAACAGCAAAACAACUUCAUGUCAGAAUCCAAAAAGCUACUGAAUCUCUGAAGAGCUUCAGGCCAGCAGCUGAAACUACUUUUGAAGACUUUGUGGUGGACAUAGCCAAGCAAGAAGAGAUCCUUGGUGACUUGUCCUUCCAUUCCAGUGGUCUAGAAAUACCAGAAAUCAAUGAAAAGCAGAGCAAAAUGUACAACAAAGCUCUGAUCAGUUGGGAAUGCCCUGGGAAGACAGAUUCAGCUGAUAUCUAUGUUCUUGAGUAUCAUAAACUGAAUAGAGAAGAGGAGACAACGACGUGGCAGGAGGUCGAAGUUUGCAGCAAGAGCAAAAUAAUCUCUGAUCUUGAUGAUGACAGCAGCUAUGCCUUCAGAGUUCGAGGAUAUAAAGGGUCCAUCUGUAGCCCUUGGAGCCGAGAAGUUGUUUUGCGUACGCCUCCAGCUCCAGUUUUCAGUUUUCUUUUUGAUGACAAAUGUGGGUACAACAGUGAACAUCUCCUGCUGAACCCAGGAAGAACCUCUGUGGAAAGCAGGGCUGGAUUUCCUCUGCUGCUGGGAUCUGACCGCAUGCAGGUCGGAUGCUACACAACCCUGGAUUACAUCAUCGGCGACACUGGGAUUGCUAAAGGAAAGCACUUUUGGGCUUUUCGUGUGGAAGCUUAUUCAUACCUGGUGAAAGUGGGAGUUGUUUCUAGUAACAAGAUACAGAAGUUGUUCCAUAAUACCCAUGAUGUGACCAGCCCGAGAUACGAGCAAGACAGUGGUCAUGACAGUGGGAGUGAAGAUGCCUUCUUUGACUCAUCACAGCCUUUCACACUGGUCACUUUGGGCAUGAAGAAGUUCUUUAUCCCUAUGACACCUGCUGCCCCCAAAGAUCCAGCGAGCAGAAUCCUUCCCUUGCCGUCGUGCUUGGGCAUCUGCCUCGACUGUGACAAAGGCAAGCUGGGGUUUUAUGACGCAGGCUGUAUGAAAUGCCUUUAUGAGUGCAACGUGGACUGCUCUGGCGUAAUGUACCCAGCAUUUGCCUUAAUGGGUGGUGCGGCAGUUCAUCUUGAGGAAGCUGUGACAGCGAAGUACGGCGAGUACCACGACGACAUCUAGUGCAUGAAUCCCUUCCGAUUGCUGUUCUGAGAUGGAAAAUGAGAGCAGAAAAAUUCUACCUUAGUUUUCAGUCCUGAGUAGUUACAUUCUAUUUAUGUGUUGCUCACAAGCCUCUGGGCCAUAUGCUUUUUUUAAACAAAUGGUGGAACUCUCCUGCCUUUCUUGUGAUCUGUGCAAUGCUCUUCUCCACAGACUUUCUUCCCAGGGGGGAGCAGGGAAGAAGUUUGACUAGCAACCAAAAUUACUCUUCAGGGGUAGAAAUCUGCCUUUUAUGUAACUUAAAUCCUUACAUAGUCAGUUUUGCAUUUAAUGAAGUCAAAGCUGACAGUGUGUGAUUGCCAUUCUCCUUUUAAGAAAUCUGCCUGAAUGCCUCUGAGGGGUCAAAUGCUUUCCAAUUAACCCCUGAGCACCAGGGGUUGGGCCUUUCAGUGUGAAAUAACUUGCAAAAAUACAACAGAACUGCAGCUGAACGUUUACGUUGUUGUCCUGGUUUGAGGUAAAACAGAACCAAACUAUGACAGUUGCAUUUGGAAAGAGGAGCGUAAACUAGAGUUUGAUGGCAUGUCAUGUACCUUUAAUAUGACUGUAAGCUAAAACUAAUUCUGACACCUGGUGUCAUAUAGUUGGUGGCAUAAUGACAAGUUUCUUUACUCUUCCAGGCUUUUACUGUAGGCUAUAUAAAAUAUAUAAAGUGCAAUUCUACCUUAAACAUCAGACUUUAGAGUCGAAAAUCAGAAGUGUUUGCAUGCGUGAGUAAUAGUACCUGGUAUUUAGGCAAAAGGAAGUGAGUUAUUGACAUGAGUAAUAAUAUGUGAACUGUAAAAAAAAAUCAGGUAUUUCUUUUAAUACUUAUUUCUAUAAGUUAAUUUUUUGAUCUAGUAGCAGCUUGUUUUUUUAGUAAGAAUCUUAAAAAUGCACUGAUUAAGUUUUGAGACCCAAUUUCUGCCUUAAAGGAUGUCUCCCUUCAAAUUUCUGUUCCUCUCAUGUUAAAAACUGUAUCACAUAGUUUUUCAUAGAAUCAUAGAAUCACGGAAUGGUUUGGGUUGGAAGGUACCUUUAAAGAUCAUUGAGUUCCCCUGCCCUGCCAUGGGUAGAGACCCCUUUCACUAGACCAGGCUGCUCAAAGCCCCAUCCAGCCUGGCCUUGAACACUUCCAGGGAUGGGGCAUCCACAACUUCUCUGGGCAACCUGUGCCAGGGUCUCACCACCCUCGUUGUUAGAAAUUUCUUCCUUGUAUCUAACCCAAACCUGCCCUCUUUCAGUUUAAAACUGUUGCCCCAUGUCCUGUCUCCACAGGCCUUGGUAAAAAGUCUCUCUUUGUCUAUCUUACGAUUCUCCUUUAUAUAUUGAAAGGCCGCAAUGAAGUCUCUCCGGAACCUUCUCUUUUCCAGGCUGAGCAACGCCAACUCUCUCAACCUUUCUUCACAGGAGAGGUGUUCCAGCACUCUGAUCAUUUCUGUGGCCCUCUGGACCCACUCUGUCCUGGUGGCCUCAGAGCUGGAUGCGCUACAGACCAGGUGGGGUCUUGGGAGAGCAGUGGGAGAAUCACCUCCCUUGCCCUCCUGCCCACCCAGCAGCCCAGGAUACAAUUGGCUUUCCGGGCUGCAAGUGCAUGUUGCUGAUUCAUGUCCAAUUUUUCAUCCACCAGGAUCCCCAAGUCCAUCUCUGCAGGGCUGCUCUCCAUCCCCAAGUCUGUAUUGAUACCGGGGAUUGCCCAGACCUAGGUGCAGGACCUUGUGCUUGGCCUUGGAGAACCUCGUGAGGUUCACAUAGGCCUGCUCCUUAAGCCUGUCAGGGUCCCUCUGGAUGGCAUCCCUUCCCUCUAGUGAAUGAACUGCUCAGCUUGGUGUCAUCUGCAAACUUGCUGAGGGUGCACUCAAUCCCACUGUCUGUGUUAAUGAAGAUACUAAAUAGUAUUGGUGCCAGUACAGACCCUUAAGGGACAACACUUGUUACUGGUUUCCACUUGGGCACUUGAACUGUUGACUGUAACUCUUUGGAUGUGGCUAUCCAGCCAGUUCCUCAUCCAUUGAACGGUCCAUCCGUCAAACCCAAAUCUCUCAAAUUUAGAGGUAAGAAUGUUGUGGGGGAUCGUAUCAAAGGCCUUACAGAAGUCCAGGUAUAUGACAUCUGUAGCUCUUCCUUUGUCCACUGGUGCAGUCACUCCAUCACAGAAGGCCACUGGAUGAGUCGCAUGGUUUGCCCUUGGUGUACCCGUGUUGGCUGUCUCUAAUCACCUCCCUGUCUUACAUAUGUUUUGAUGUAUCUUCCAGAAGGAUCUGUUACAUGACCUUACUGGGCACGGAGGUGGACUGCAUCUGUUCAUAGAAAUCUAUGUAAAAAACCAUUUGGGUACUUGCACUGUUAAUUUGUGUUGUGGAAAAAUAAGGAUCUAAAGUGAAGGAUGGUUCUAAUAUAUACUUGGUGCUUUCUAAUUUGGGGAUAUGCUUUCUAAUUUGGGGAUAGUGUUGUACCUUGAUGAGUGUGUGUGAAGUAUGCUUAGUAAGUACAUGUAUACAGCUGUAGAGCUAUGAAAUGGGACCUGAAAAUCACAUUUAAAUGAAUGUAGGUCAUAAUGCAAAACAUUUGUGUGCUUUGCUGUCUGAACUGUUUUACUCAUCUGACCUGGAGUCUUGCCCUCCCAGUGUCCUCUCUCCUAAGCCUCUGGUAGCAACUGUUGGGAGAAAUUGGCAGAAAUGUAAUCUGUGCCAAGGUGAGCAUGUAAGCCUUUUCGGGGCUAGAAAGGCCCAGCAAGGGCAACUUCUUGUCUGGGUUUCACUCGCUAAUGUUUCUGCCUUGGUAAGGCUGAUGGAAGUGUGUUCCACAGCUGCAUUGUGUGCUUGUUGGAGAAACACUUUGAUGUCCCAGGCAGCAGGUGUGAAGCAUUGGGUGUCUUCUGAAACUUUCUCCUGCAGGAGAAAUGGCAAAUUGUCCCUUGCUAGUUAUCCUUUAGGUCAUUUCUUUUUGUAAUAAUUGGUUGUGAGAGCCUUACUUUUCCAUUAUGCUCCCUUCCACUUCAUGUUUCCUCUCACUGGAUGGAAGCCAUUCUGUACUGGUGAGCAUCCUGCUGCAUCUCUUUCUCCUCUUGCCUUGUGAGGCUGACUGAAGGAGCCCUCCAUACAGACACUCUGUUGCUGUGAAGGAUGACAAAAUUCUAGGUUAUUCUUCUUUCUAUAGUCCUAAAAACGUAUUUGCCGUUUUGGUUAAUACCGAACACUAAGCUGACGUUUACAAAGUUUCUUAUGCAGUGUUUUCCACAAAGUCUUGAUGGUUAGGUGUAACCAAGCUGUGCACAUACAGGGCUUCCCCAUCUUGUGUGUUACUAUGCAUUUGUUAAUGUUGAGUUUCAUCUGCUCUUUUACCUAGUCACUUACUCCUGAGGACCUUCUGCAGCUCUUCAGUUACUUCUAGACUUGAAUGUUCCUCAGUAGCUUCAGAGGUAACACAAACGUGGUCAUUUUUUUGUUUGCUUGCUUUUGCAGAUCUUGGAGCAACUUAAGUUGUUGUGAGAUGCAGCACAUCUCUUUCUGCUGUUAAAAUUUAGUGUUCCUUCCACUUUUUUUUUUUCCCCUCAGUCAUUUAUUAAACCAUGAUUAGCUAGUCAAGCACUGAAAACUUCUACAUGUUAGUACUUUCUGUAGAGUAGGUGACUCAUGUUAUUGUGUGUGUGAGCCCAGUUGUCAAAUAGAAUCAGGAGAAAGCAUUCUUUCUUCGGUAGCUGUGACUUCCCCCAUUGUAUAAUCACUAUUUGUCUGUUCAUCUACCAAACCUAGUGUGGCCUCAAAGCUGUAGAAUAUAUGGUUGAACUUUCUGGUUUGUUGUUCCCAGACCAAAUCUCCUUCCACAGGCGACUAUAUCAUUUUUGAUUCCUCUGUUUCAGAAACUGUUUUAAAUUAGAGGUUUUAUGUCACAGUUAGCACUACACACUUCCACAUCUGGAUUCUUUAUAAGCAUCUGGACCAGUAUCACCAGGCUUUGGCCUUUCAUUACUUUCUGGAAAUACUUAUAAAUUGAACAUUUGGUCUUAGAUAUGAAGACAGUCUCUCACACUCAUUUAUUUAAAAAAAAUAAAUUUUACUGUUUUAAGAAUAUGAAAGUAAGAAAUUAAAAAUGUAGGGUUUCUCUUUCUAUUAUAGCUUUAUCUUACAUUCAUUUAAGAUGUGCUGUGCUAUGCAAUUACUUGUUUUACGGGACAGAGACUGACGCUACUUUAAACAUUUAUCUACCUUUUGAUAUGUCUGUUUGUAUUUAUCUCAUUCUGAGUUUAAAAAUUGAUUUGGCUUUUGGUGUUACUUGAAUACUUAGGAUGCAUUCAUUACAGUACUCUAUGGUGCUUACUCCAGCUUAUUAAAUAAAAAACCCACACUGUUAGAGGCACUGACAACACACUGUCAGAUAUUUUCCACUACAAUGGAAGUGUCACCUUUCAGAAAUACAGUUCAGCGGUACUUGCCUAUCCAGAUACUUACUUUUCCAGAACAAGUUUCUUCCUACAAAACAGCACUUUACAAUGUAGACUAAGCUAAGAAUGGUGUGGUAUUGUGUGGAUCUUUGUGCAAUAUAGCUGUUUGGUGACUACUGUGUGAUUUGCAAAGCUCCAUGCAGGUGUGAAUCAUGUAGACACUUUUUAGAUAUCUAAAGCUUUAACAA